UUGGUCUGGAACUGAGAGUUCAGGGCCACCUCCUGUAACCAGCACCAGAAUACAUUGCUGUGAACCCACAGAUGGACUUGGUUCUGGAUUGAAGUCAUGUACCCCACAGCAUCAACUUUUAGAGGCGUAUACUUGAACGCUUACUCUCUUUUAACGAAUGUCGAUUCAAGCUCCUCAGUCAUGCGUCCGUAUUCAACAUUAACGGGAGAGCGUGUCAUCUGACGAUGUUAGCAUCAUGGUUUGGAUCAGCAGAAGACGGAUCUCGUAGUUUUAAACGCCCGUCGUACAACACAAGGGUGGGGUCAUUCGCCCAGCUCUUCUUCCAUACAACCAACAAAACCCUCGAAAGAUAUUCCAGCGAGACAACGCCAAAGCAACUCACCCAACCCUCAUUCGCUAUAUACGACUUUAUACGUCUCACCGCUGAAUGAUCAUGGAAAUGAAAAACUUGUAAUUGCAGCUGUACAUGUUUUAACGCUAUUGAAAUGUUUCCAAAUCGGAUAACCAACUGUAUGUCGUGUCUUGUAAUUUCAUUCUUCAAAAAAUGGUUCUUUGUUAAGGAAGCAAUGAACCUGAAACGUUUACACAUACAGACUAUGUACUGGACACAAAAUCGCUGAACCUUGUCACUUGUUUUAAUGACAACCACUUUGACAUCAAGGGUAAAAUGAUAUCCUCCGACAAAACAGUAAAUUCGGAACUGUCUGGAAUUAUCGAUCUCGUUAGGGCUUCUAAGCUAUGAAAUGACAAGUAAAUGGACAUGUAAGAUUUCAUAAAGAUGUGUUCCAUAUAGUUUCUAUACAUUGAGACGAGUACAAUGAUCAAAUAGUGUAAAACAAUAUCGGACACCUUACUCUGAUAAAUGCAGGGCGCGUACAUAGCAUGGAUCAAUAGGCAGUUGCCUACUGAGAUGGCGAGGUCGAUAUGCACUUAACAUGCUGUAUGCAUUCUUUCAAAGACGAGUUCAGAGGAAGUUUAGACUAAUGUUAGAGAAUGUUCCAUUCGAAGACAUCGGCUUUAUAUAUGUGCUGAUGUUUCAGUGACAUAUGUUGACCUAUCUGCUGGAGAUCCUACACUUACCGACAGUAUCUUACAGAAAUUGUUAACAUCAUGACUGAAUCUUUUCUGCAGCAGUUGUUAUGCCUAAUGGUUAUGGCGUCAGCUAAAUAUCGACAAGAGUUUUAUUCAGUUGUACGUGGAUAUCGUUUGACAAACCCACCAAUGUGGACCGUGAGCUACAAACCAACAAAAACGUUUUCAGCAUGGUGUCUCAAACACUGUCUGGCGUUAUCGUGCGCAAGUGCUUCGUUCUGUCAAAAUGAGGGUAUUUGUGAACUCCACAGCCUGAAGUUGUACGAUAGUGAUUCAACAUUUGUGGAAAGUAAUGACUGGAUGUAUAUGGAACCCAGAUCAGAUGACCUGUUGACCUGGGACGGAUGGACAGUGGUUUUCCGGGCCCAGAAAGACACAGGGACGUCUAUCUACUCAGCAUGGUUGAACGACAGCCUCUACCACGACCACCCACUUCUACCACCUCGACUGAAACCUGGCUGUUUCUCACCCAACACAUCUCGUCCAUGUGAGGAUCAUUUCAGAAGCAAGAUUAUGUCUGCAUGGGACACGGCUGGUAUACAGCUGGUGAAAGUUCUGCUGAUGAAGAACAGUCACGUUCGGAAUGAAAUUAUCUUUGAUGGAACCGGUAGUACCAAGAUGUCCUGGUUUACACCAACUAGGGUGAUCAAUUCAACAUGGACGGAUCUCACGACGUCAACUUCAAAUUAUUUCAGCAUCGAGGGACACCUUUACACACGUCGUUUCCUGAUCAGCCAUCUUUACGGUCUGUGUACCACUGAUGUGAUAUGGAUGUCGGUUGUGGACGGAAAUGAUCAGAGUCACCCGUGUUCCUGGGAUAACCCGUCAGUCUAUCCCAAGCUGCUCUACGCCAUCAACAAUCAGAAGGCGGCCAUAGGGACAUUAACAGAUUUCGAGUAUGGAGAUGUCAUGGCGAUUCUUGUCAAAUUGGGCAACUAAUGUAACGACAUGCCAUUCCCACCAGUUGCUUGGUUGUAGUUCUCUAGCCUCUAACUGGAUGAAGAAGGGCAAGUCAACUACACAAUGCCUUUACCCCUGGAUGAACAGUUAUUUUUCUGACGAAUAUUUUCAUAAGGUCUGAAAAGACAAUGUUGUGCGAGAAUUGCGCUCGCGCAACCCUGGAUAUAUCUGUGGCUAUAAAAUCACACAAAAAUGUAGGAUAUUAAAUUAUUUAUCUGAUUAUAUAAACUCAAGUGCAAAUUAUUCGGCGGCUUGAAAAGUAGCCAAAAACAAGUGGUGUAAUAAUAUACUUACAGUAAAUUUCUCCGCCUUUUUAUUGUAAACCGAUAAAGCACUUGUGCAACGAUUGUUUUUAUUUGGCAUCUUUACUGAAAUUGUCUGGGAGCACAAUACUGCCUCAUAUACCUGAAUGACGUGAGUGUAUUUCAGAUGGAUUUGUGUGCUUAUGUAUAACGUUAUACAUUCAUUAUACAAAAUGGCGUGCCGUAAUGGCCUGCGUGAUUUUCCUCAAUGACGUCAAACGACGACAGAGAGUCACACAGGUAUAAAGAUAAAGGGACAUAACUCUGCAGUGCAUUACAUAAGGGCAGAAUGUGCUGUGGAUAAGGGUCAGUAUAUUUUCAUGAGGUUUUCAUGAGAUAAACCAAACUAUUCCAGUACACAGAUCCACAUUGUAAUGGGAUAAGUUUUGGUAGUAUCACAAAUUACAAGAAAUGUUGAACUCAUACAACAUGGGAAAUCGCGUAAUAGUGAUUUGGAUGCCCUAGAUAAUAUGUAAGUUAGUUCUUAGAUUCCCAUAUUCUCCUGUUUGUGUAGAUGAGUGUUUUUUACUUAUUUUAGAACAUAAUUAACAGAGAACCUGCCAUAUCUUCUAAUGUAAUGAAAUUACUGAAAGGAUUCACCAUUUUAGUUGACGUCAUGGCCUGUUUUAUGUUUUUUACGUCUGAGAAAAACGAC